AUGAACGGCUUCGAACUAUCCGUGAACUUAACACGACGAGAGCUGUGUCUCACCCCGCAAGAGUUUGGGGAUCACGAGGUGGACUUGGCUGCUUUUACAGGAAUCCUUCACUUGGAUAUACCGGAGAGCCAAAACUGGACAACCGAGGAAGUGAAAGCGCGGUAUACAAUUUAUAAGUCUGCUCAAACCGAUCAACUGGCGCUUGCAGACUCGACUAGCGUGGUAGCAAGUCUCACUCAAUGCUUAGAGCGUUUGGAACAUGUCUCUACUAUCGGGAUGCGAGACUAUCCUCCUAUGGAUCCAUCCAAAAAGACGAGUCCAUUUAUCUGCCUCGGCAUGCAGACAUUGCGGAAACAACUCCUUGUCAACCCAUGCGCACGGCUCCGGGGAAGAGCUAUAUGCCCUUCAACUGGUCGACCCUUAGAGAACAACUACAUGGUUCCACCGGACUGCUUUACUCUGUCCGGGCCUCUGCAUCAAAGCCUACAGGCCUGUCUUCAGGAUCUGCAAGACUUGGACAACUGUCUUGGGCCAGCAGACCCGGAUGAUAACACAGAUUUUCUCUCCCAUCUCGCCACCCGGGCUGCCCCGAACCUCUUCGUCCUCCGGCUGUCCAUGUGGGACCAACUCCACGAUUUGAGCUCAGUUCCCUUCACCCACCUGGCUCAGAAAAUUCACUUCACCCGCCUCUCAGAGCUUCAUUUGCACCAUGUCGAGCUCACCCAGCCCAGAUUUCAGCUCUUCUUACACACCGCCGCUCCCACCUUGCAGGUCUUAACCCUGGUAGCAGUCAGUUUGAAUGACCCCAUUCCGGUGUUAAGGAGAUGUAGCCUAGAACAUCACGCCGCUAUCUUCACUGUUUGGCGCAGAUUCUUGGAUACAUUGUGA